UAUGGCAACAGAUAUACAUACAUGCACUACGCUAGCUCGCUGCUCACUGACAUACACUACGCUAGCUCGCUGCUCACUGCAUGCUGUCAUGUCUCUACCGUCGGAGGAGAGCAUCUACAAUCUCAUCCCGAAGACUGUCACUCCAGAGUCAAAGCCACCAAGGUACAAGUCCAUGUUUUCGUCUACGGUGAGGUCUGACGGCAGACAAGACAAGGCCUGCAGUAAGACAAUGGGACCAGCAAAAGUCCAGCUUAGCUCUCCACAAGACUUUCUCAAGAAACACUCGAAAGAACAAAAGCUGCCCGAGAGAGAGGCGAGAGCUACAAAUCGCGAGUGCAAACCUCAAAGACCACUUGUCCCACGGCACACUGAGCAGCCUCAGAUGGGAUCCAAAUCCAACAAGAAUUACGUCACCACAAAUGCAGUGAACAACAUAAUGGCAGUGCCUCGCAAACCGGCUGCAAAGUAUGUAGACACAGUUAGUGGAGAUACAUUUGACCUGGUCGCCUCUGGACUGGUCCCUAAAUACACCAACAAGAAGGACUACGGGAAGGUGCCAGGGUUCCUGGAGAGACGUCGAGAGGACAUGACAGCUGCUCAGGCAGAGUAUGACUGUUAUAUUGAGGAGAGCCUUCGCAGGGGGCAAAUGGAGCAGGUGACAGAGGAGGAACGAGAUACGCUGCUGGCAGGACUGAAGGCUAACUGGGAAGACCUCCACCACCAGUACCAAGGGCUCAGUGUCAUCACUGACACCGCUCCAAAGAAGGCCCGCAAGGAGCGAAUGGAGGCUGAGAUGAAGCAGCUGGAGAAGGACAUUGAGCUGCUGGAGCGACACCACAGACUGUACAUCUCUGAGAGACUCAGCUAGUAUAGUCCCUCACCCCUGACUUCACACCACAUCAGACAAUGAUUGUUGUGUGAUGUAUAUGUUAGCCUGGGUUCACAAUAUUAUGUCGCGCCAGUCACAUGGCGAGGAUUGCUAUCCUUGUGACACUGCAUGCGGCAGUGUGUACUGUGCAGGGCAACAUGAUAAUUGAGAGCCUUAGCCAUAGGAACGGCUGUUAGAUCAUGGAUAUAAUACCAGAAGCCAUGUGACCUUGUCCUUGACAAUGGUCUGUCCACAAGGGAUUCUUUCUUUGUUUCCUAAUGUGUUGCAAAAUUCCACCCCUAUUCUCCAGGUAUCCAAUA